AGCAAUGAUUGGCUGAGGCAGAAAAGCGCCGCUGCCUUGGCGGUUUCGGCUUUCGCAGGGAUUGUCGGUGGAGGCCCGGCUGGUGAGGCAUAUAGGUUCUGGAUCCCGGCUGCGAGGUUGUUAAAAUGAGUCUGCGGAAACAAACCCCCAGUGACUUCUUAAAGCAAAUCAUAGGACGACCAGUUGUGGUAAAAUUAAAUUCAGGAGUGGAUUAUCGAGGGGUCCUGGCUUGCCUGGAUGGCUACAUGAAUAUAGCCCUGGAGCAGACAGAAGAAUAUGUAAAUGGACAACUGAAGAAUAAGUAUGGGGAUGCAUUUAUCCGAGGAAACAACGUGUUGUACAUAAGUACACAGAAGAGAAGGAUGUGAAGACACCAAGAGAGAAAUCAUAAUUGGAUAUAUUUUUUAUAAAAUGUUUUUUUCUAUUUUUUGGCUCUUUUGUUACAUGCUUUGUCCUGUUUUCACAGUAGUUGGUUUUUCACUGAUAAUGGGGGUAAGAUAAAUGUGUAAAAUUGUUGAAUUUAAUUGUAAAGAGUUCCUUCACACUUUAGUUUCAUCAUUUUGUUUUACCUGUCAGUGUACAGAAUGCAAAAAGAAUAAAGUGACAUAAAUCUAUUUUUUUCUACAAGA